GCAAGUCUAAGCAGCGGGGAGUCUAUCUCGGGGGCGGAGGGGGCGUGAGUGUAUGCGGGGGAGAGCUGCAAGGCUAAACAGAGCUGAGUCUGCCCCAGGGGGCUCUGAGUCUGUGCCUGGGCAGAGCUGCAGGUCUAAGCAGAGGGGAGUCUAGCCCUGGGCAGGUGUCAAGUCUAAGGGGAGGGGAGAGUCUGUGCAGGGACAGAGCAGGAGUCUAUGAUGGGGGCCCUGAGUCUAAGCAGGAGGAGUCUUUGUGGCGGGUGGGAGUGGGGGCGCAUGUCUGAGCACAGGGUCUGUCAGGCUAUACCAGAGGCAGUGAGUCUCAAAAUAUUGAGAAGCGCUGGAUUAGGCACCAGAUUAGCCACAGAGCCUGCCAACCCCAAGCCCCUGCUCAGUUUUCAAUCAAGGGUCUCCUGCUUUGGCUUCAGUGGGGCUCUCUGAGCCUGGGUUGGGGAGAAAUUGGCUGUUUAAGAAAUUAAAAGAGGGCUCUCUGCUGCUGGCAUCAGAGGACCUGCUGCCUAAAAUGUUGGAUACAUAUACACUGGACAAUGGCCAGUUCAACAGACCUCUCGAGAAUCAACGAAAGUUCUGAUACUGGGAAACAGCAGAACAGAGUGGUGGCUGAAGAGGAAUGGCUGCAGAAAUGGGAAGCAAACAACAUUGGAUUUCAUAAUGAACAAGGACAUCCGCUUUUAAAGAAGCAUCUUGAUCUUCUUCUCAAUGGCAGGAGUGGACUCAGGAUAUUUUUUCCACUUUGUGGCAAAGCAGUAGAAAUGAAAUGGUUAGCUGACAUGGGACACAACGUAAUUGGUGUGGAAUUCAGCGAGCAGGCACUGAAGGAUUUCUUUACAGAACAAAAUCUUUCUUAUUCUGAGGAAUCAAUCCCGGAGAUUUCUAAAGCCAAAGUAUUUAAGAGUACCUCUGGGAAUAUUUCUCUGUACUGCUGCAGUAUCUAUGAUCUGUCCAGUAAAAUUGCAGGCAAGUUUGAUGGGAUUUGGGACAGAGGAGCACUAGUGGCCGUUAACCCAUGUGACAGAGAACGCUAUGCCAAUUUGAUGUUGUCUCUAAUGGAUAAAAAUUGUUCCUAUCUGCUGGCUACUGUUUCAUAUGAUCCAAAUAAAUAUAAAGGACCACCAUUUUAUGUUCCUGAACAUGAAAUUGAAAGUUUGUUUGGCAAAUUCUGUGAAAUUAAAUGUCUUCAGACGCAAGAUGUCUUUUCAGAAAGACAAAAAGUAUGGGGACUAGAUUAUUUUCUAGAGGUAUUAUAUCUACUAAAGAUUUUUCCUGGAUAAAGCAACACACAACUAGUAGCAAGGUUGGGAGGGGGUUAAGUUUGAUUGAUUCUGCUUUGUUUUUAAUGAACUGGAUAUAUAGGAAUUCUUCUAAUGCACUUCAGAGUAUGAAAACUUGGGUAUGGAACUGGCAUUGUCUCUGUUUUGGGAUUAUUUUAAGAUACUGCUUCUAAAGUCAAUUAUAUUGUACUUCUAUCUUAAUUUACAUUUUUUGUGUUUUAAGAAUGUUUUUCUUAACUAGGUUUAAAUUCCCCGCAUAAAAAAUCAUUUUAACUGUGUACCUUUGUUUCCUAUUUUUUUGGUAAGUUAAAAGUUUUAAAAGAUCAUUUAAAGAAAUGAUCCUAUAGUGGGCAAUGGUCCCUACCUGUUGAUGGUUUUGUAGUCACCAUCCUAACUAUAGUUUCCUGUAAUUUUGCUCUCCUGCCAGUAGGCAAGGACUGUCUGGUGGCUUCAACCUUCUGCCUUUUUCUCCCUGCUUCUACUGUUAAAGAGACUGGUGACAAGAGAGCAAAGCAGAAUUUUAGCAGCAGUUAUGUUUGGGUGAACAGGACAGUCAACUAGAAAUAUGUGACAAAAGUGAAUCUGUUGAGGGGAGAGCAAAUGAUGCCCCUGCAUCAGUAAGAAAGCUGUUUUUCCCCUUAAAGCAAUUUUUAUUAGAGGAAACCUGGCUUUAGGAUGUCACGUGUGUGGGAAGCAUGAGUUAUGGGGUGUCACAGAAAGACUCCUGAGGUUUGGCUAAGCCUCUGGCCAUAGGGAUACUUCCCUGAACCCAAGAGGUUCUGCUAUCACUGGCUAUUACAAUUUUACAAAUGAACAUUCAUGUUUUGAGUCCCUGAUGAUCAGGCAUCCUGGCUUUCUCUGUUUAAAAAUUGCAAAUUCUCUGAUAAAACCCCGCAAACUCUCUGAUUAAAACCCCAAAAUCCAUGAUUAAAAUGAAAUGCCGCUAUAUAUGUAUGUAUGUAUGUAGG